CAGCUGGAGGAGAAAGAGGAAGAUCCAGAUCCUCCUCCCAUCAGGAGAAGACGGAGUAUGGAGGAGCCUCCAUUCAUGGGAGGAGAGAGUCCUGGUCCAGCCCCCCCAGUGUCUCCUGCUGUGUCUGAGCUGAGGCUGGUGCUGCUGGGAGGGAGCACAGCUGGGAAGAGGGCAGCAGGAAACACCAUCCUGGGCACACACACACUCACACACACAUCCACAGAGUCCCAGCACAGUGAGAGCAGACAGGGGGAGGUGGCUGGGAGACGGGUGACCGUGGUGGACACUCCAGACUGGUUCUGCAGUGAACUCUCUGAGAAGGACAUGAGACAGGACGUGGGGCUUUGUGUCCGUCUGUCUGCCCCAGGACCUCACGCCUUCCUCCUGGUGAUUCCAGUGGAGCCGUCUGAAGGGGAGGAGAGGAGGAUGCUGGAGAAAAUGGAGGAUAUUUUUGGGGAGGGCUGUUGGGGACACACACUGAUCCUCUUCACCCAUGCUGAGGGGCUGAGAGAGAGGAGUGUGGAGGAGUUGCUCCAGACAGGGAGCCAGGAGCUCCAGCAGCUGGUAGAGAAAUGUGGGAACAGGUGUCACCUUCUCAACAUUAAGGACAGGCCUGAUGAUACUAAGAUCACACAGCUGCUAGAGAAGAUAGAAGAGAUGGUGUCAGGAAACAGAGAGAGAUUCUACAGCAGUGAGACCUACCAGGAGGCAGAGAGACAGCUCAGAGAGAUAGAGAGAAGGAUGCAGAAAGAACGAGAGGUGGAGGAGAGGAAACUGAGGGAGGAGAGAGAGAGAAGAGAGGAACAUGAUAAAAAUGUGCAGGAGUCUCUGAAGAAGAUGGAGGGAGAGAUUCAGCAGCAUGAAACAGAAAUCAGGACAUUGAGUGAGAAAACAACAGAACUGGAGAGAAAGAUGAAAGAAGAGAGGGAUGAGGAGAAGAAGAGAGAGAUAGAGCGAGAACUGAAUAAAGAGAUUGCACUGAGAGAGGAGAUGGAGAGAAAAAACAUCAGCAUCAGCAAGGAGAAGAUGGAGGCAGAGUUCAACAGGCAGAUGGAGGAGAAGGAGAGAGAAAUAGAGAGGAUGAGACGAGUGCUUAGUGAUAGAGACUCUGAGUCUGAGAGUGAGAGGGGGGCCAUCCAGAGACUCAGCAUCUCCCUCCUCCAUGUGAUGAGCCCAGAGUUACAGCACUGA